AUGAAAAACAAGCUGGCGGUUCUCCUAAGGAUAUUAGAAUCUGAGAAAAUCGAUAUUAUUGGCAUUCAGGAAACCCACUUUCCUGGGGUGAAUACAGCUACUUUUAAUGACUAUAAAAUUUUAUGUUCCAGCACCACCUUGAAUAGUUGGUCUGGGAUAGCGUUCCUUAUAAAUAAACGUAUUCGGAAAUACAUAAUCAAAUUCGUUCCGGUAUCAGAUAGAUGCGGACUGUUAUAUUUGAACACGAAUUUUAGGCCCACAAUAAUCAUCAAUUUUUAUGUCCCUCCCAAUAGGAAUGAGAGAUCAAGUUUCAUUGAUUCUAUGAUAAAUACGAUACACUCCCUACCGGCAAGAUAUAAUAUAAUUAUCUUAGGAGAUUUUAACAUGAAACUUGGCAAAGAGGAUGAAUAUGUAAACGGUAAUGUUAUUAUGCAUGCUACAAUACUACAACGAAAUUGUGAACAUAGCAAGAAACUACUUGAUUUCUGUAAGAAUAAUAAUUUUAAGAUCGAAAAUACUUUUUUUAGCCAUCGUGAAAGCAACACUUACACCUUUGUAAGGGCUCAGCAAAAAUCUCAAAUCGACUUUUUCAUUUCGAAUGUUCAUCGGUGGUUUGAUGAUGUAAAAGCACUAACAAAUAUCAACAUAUCAGAUCACAGAUUGCUCAGAGCAAACAUUACAAUUAAACACCUAUGGAGUUAUUACAGUGGUAGUAGACAUACUUCAAUUGGUCCUAAUACUAAUCUCUUGCGCACAAAUAUAACACGUAAACCCUAUAAAGUACAAACACCAGAGGAUGUGAGACUGUUCGAUCAAAUAUUAAUUGGGAAAGCAGCUAACUUUGUAAAUAUAACUAGACAGGAAAAUGUAGAAGCAUGUUGGAAAUUAUUUAAAAGUGGUCUUACAGAAUCAUACAAUGUCUUGCCGAACGCGACUCCUUUCUCCAGGAAACAAUGGAUGGCUAAUGACACUCUAGAGAAAAUAAAUUUGUUAAGAAGCGUGAACGGCCCAAAAAGUGACUUAUGGAAAGAUGUACAGAAACUAUUACGCCGAGAUAGACGUAUAUAUAUCGCGAGGAAAGCCUUUGACAUUGAUAGGGAUAUGAAGGAAAACAGGAUUUAUGACGCAUAUAAAAAAUUAAAAUAUUUUUGUAAACCUAGUAGCUUUAAGAAACUUCCCGCCAUUGUAUUAAGGAAUGGGAAAGUGAUCAUAGAUCAAGAUGAACAAAUAGCUGUAUGGCUUGAUUAUUACAUGACAGUCUUUGACUCAAGGAAAGCAACUCCACCAGCUAGCUUAAAUAUAAUUUCGGUCUUACCCCCAUCUGGCUUUUCUAUUGAUGAGAUUACUAACAUAAUAAAAAAAUUACGCAGAAACAAAGCUUCGGGGCCUAAUGACAUAACGGCUGAGUAUCUGAAAAUUGCACCUAGGACUGUCUCUUCCUUCCUUUUGACCCUUUUUAACAAAAUAUGGGAAAACUCCGGUGGAUUGGAAUGA